AUGAGAUGGAUCCCACCGGCUCCUACGACCUUGAAGUGCAAUACUGAUGGAUCGUGGUCAAAGGAGACGGGAGUAGGAGGAGUAGGAUGGCUGUUACGUGAUCAUCAAGGAACACUACUGUGGGCAGGGGCAAAGAAGAUGGCAGUGAUGAGAUCGGCGCUAGAGACUGAAGCAGAAGCUAUUAGAUGGGCUGUUCAAACACUGGUGGGUUUUGGGUAUAGCAAAGUUUCUAUAGAGACCGAUUCAUUACUGUUGGCAAACAUGCUGAACGGUGAAGAAGAAAUCUGGCCAGUGAUUGCACCCAUAAUACAAGAUAUAUCAACAUCACUGUCAUCAAAUGGAGGAUUUGAAAUGGUGUAUUAUCCUCGAAGUGGUAAUAAGUCAGCAAAUAGAAUAGCAAAGGAAAUUACUACGUUUACGUCCUUUGUCCCUAAGUAA